UUUUAAAGCCUUGCUUGAUUACUUUUUUUUUCAUUGCUUCCCUCUGAUCUAGACAAAGAGUCAAACGCUGCAGAGGAACUGACACUCAUUUUCAAAUUAAUUGUCAUUUGUCAGUCUGAGUUUUGAAUAUUACCUUGACUGGAAAAAUGGUGGCCACUGGAGCAGCUAUUGCCGCUGGAACAGCAGCAACAAUUGUCACUGGAGGUCUUGCAGGUCCAGCAGUAGUCAGCAGUGUUCCAGCUGUGGCUGGUGGAGUUUCAACUGCACUUGGAACUGCUGCAACUGCUGGCACUGCUGCAGCAGGCGCAGUGACGGGACCAGCAGCAGUGGCGGCUGUUCUUUCUGGGCCCGUGGGUUGGGCUCUGAUGGGAGCAGAACGAAAGAAGAAUUAAUCAAGAGCUGAUGGGAUUUCAGGAAAAUAUGAAGAUUUUCCUGCGUUAAAUGCUCAUCACGGGGCUAAAAACGCAAUGAUGCAAGAGUCUCUGCUUUUUUUUCUUUCUCCAUGAAACAGAAAUGUUCUCUUUCUGAAUUUAGACCAGUGUCAAUUUAAAGAAAAAAAAACUCUUCGCUUUCUUUGGUCGUUAUCUUUCAGAAAUAAAAAUGUUUGAGGUCCGGUAUA